AUGAAGAUGGCAGCAAGCCUCUCUCUGGUUCUUGUGGUGGCUAUUUCCUGCCACAUUUCAGGUAAGCAGCUUUUGUCAAAUUUCUCCAUUGCAAGGCACGACUGCCUCCUCUGAAGAGGUAGGAAAGAAUGAAUAGGCAGUCAAAGGCAUAAAAAGGAUUAAGAACAUGGCUGUCCAGGAACUUAAUGGUCCUGGAACAAUUUGGCCCACAACCUGAUUACUAGGCCUGUAGCCCUAUUUAGGGAGGUUUUUAAUGUUUUAUUGUGUUUUUAAUACUUUGUUGGGAGCUGCCCAGAGUGGCUGGGGCAACAUAGUCAGAUGGACAGAUGAUGAUGAUGAUGAUGAUGAUUACCACCACACUGGGCAUAAAAGCCUUUCUAAGCAUGGCCCUUCUAAUGUAUUGUUUAAGUGAAGGAGUGCUAGCAAUCUAUCUCUCUAUGUUGCCAAGUUUUCAUUGCUGGAGAACAAGCCAAAUAUACAGUAGCACCUUGGUUUUCAAUCAUAAUCCGUUCCGGAAGACUGUUCAACUUCUGAAACAUUAGAAAACCGAGGCGCAAAGGGCAGUCUGCAAAUGCAAUGGAGAAAAUGGAAAGAAAGAAAAACUCAGUGGGAGCCGUUUGACUUUUGAGGCACAUUUGAAAACGGAAGCAUUUACUUCUGGGUUUUCGGCAUUCGUCAACGGAGUCAUUCAAAAACUGAGGUACCACUGUACUAAAAUCAAAUAAACUAGUGAACUCUCCACUUGCCAAACCAUACACACAGAGAGACACAAAUAGAUCUAUAGAUAUACAACUCUAAAGAUCUGUUCUCUAAAACAUGAUACACUGGUGAUUAAUCAGGCAGCAAAACUGCAAAAGAUGUAAUGAAUUCCUCCCCCCACCUCAAUAUCAAUUAGCAAAACUUACUCCUAGCCCAGUUCAUAGAACAGAGUUGAAAGAGACUUCAGAAGGCAACUAGUCCACCCAACCCCACUGAUGCAAGGAAUGUGCAGCAUCCCUGGUAGAUGGCCAUCCUGUCUCUACUUAAGAACCUCUGAUGAAAGGGAGUCCAAGGCAGUCUGUUUCAUGGUUAAACAGCUCAUGCCACUAAGACAUUUGCUCUAAAAUGUAGUCAAAAUCUCCUCUCCUGUAAUUUGGGUCCAUUGGUUCAGAACUCAGCUUCUGGGGCAUGCAUGAUACCAAUUUGCUCCAUUUGUUACAGAUAAUUGACCUGAUAUUAAGGUGCCCCAUUCGAGAGAGGUUUUCUCUCACCAUACCUUGUAUGUCUCCUUCUUAUUCCAGGAGUCGCAGGACAGGGCAAACCGCCGGUAAGUUCUUCUUUCCUAUUUUCUCUUGGCUUUUCCCCACCCCAGCCUCUUAUGUCGCCCCAUUGUUGCCUAUCGUGUUGCAUGUUUAGGAACAUGUGUGUGUGUGUCAUGCAUGAUUCCCAAAACUCACAAGACGUGGGAACUCAGUAAAAACCGAGCGCUGUUCAGAAAAUGUGUUUUAAAAGUUUCAUCAUGCCGUACCAAAGUUUCUUUGGACACUCAAAAGUCUCAUCCAUUUAUUAUUUUUAAAAAUACCAAGAAAUUGAUCAUGAAUAAUAAAUUGGCCAAUAGGAUGCAGCAUAAACAUGAAAUGACAGGUGCAAUAUUUUAACCCAUUCAUUCCUAGUCUAAAGAAGUAAGAGACCUAAACUUUAACAGAAAUGAAGUAGUGGAGUUAUGAAACUCCUGGAAAAUAGAGAGAUUCCAAAGGGUUUGAAUUGUGUUCCUGAAGAAGUUCUUACAGCUCUUAAUGAUAUUAUAUAUUGUAUAAAGGUGUAAUGUUGGGCAUAGUAGGGUAGGGUGCAAGAGUGUGUGUGUGUGUGUGUGUGUGUGUGUGUGUGAGAGAGAGAGAGAGAGAGAGAGAGUAAUUGGGGGUUCUGUCAACACCAAAGGUUAGCAUCAGGAGUUUCAAUGCUCAAGCCUCCUCUUAAAACUCAUCAGCUGUGCCGAAAACUGAGUUACUCUCAGGUUUUAGUAUGGCAGCCAAGGAGGAAAACUCAGCAACAGAAUUUCCUUACCUCACAGCCUCUUAGUCUGGUGGGCACUGCUUGUAAUAAUAAUGAUGAUUAUAAAGAUGAUUGACUGAAUGGACAUCCCACAUAACCAUGAAGACAAUCUGCAGCGUAGGCACAUCUGGUAGAAAAGUUACAUAUUUUCAUGUCAGAAAACCUUUCCUCGUUCUCUUUUUCAUGUCAGCAUUGGCCUGCUUCAUACAAACUAAUGAGACUAAAAUAUUAUAAACGUGAUAGUUUUUAAUAUGCUUGGUGUAAAUUCCUGCAUUUAGAGCAAACAAUCUGUGUUUUACUAAUUCUAAUGUCUCAUAAAUUAUCUUGGUUGACACCAGUGUCUGUCUGGAGGAAACAGAAAAUUUAAAAAUUACCAGUUUGUGAGCUUUCCCAGUCAAUGGUUUAUUAAGUGCUUGCCUUCUUGCAGUUUCUGGAGACAGGAAGUCUGUUGCUGCAUUCUGUGUCACACGCUAAGGCUACAGACAGGGGCCUGUCAUCUUUCAAAGGGGGGGGCAUCUCUGACAGAUUUCCUCAGUAAUUUUAAUCUUUAUGGCAUUUCACAUUCUCUGAGCUGAAUAUUUACACUGUGGUAAAGAGGAUACAGUAGUAAGUGAUAAAUAGAUAUCUGGCUCCCUUUAUUCUGCUUUUUGAUUGAGCAAAUAAAUUGCAUCUCACAUAAGAAGGGCUUGUCUUAAAAAUGCAAGUGCUUGUUUUAAAAAUGUAAUAGGGGGAAAUGAUAAAAGAAAGAGUAUUUUUACAUAAUUAAUAUAGUGAAAAGCAGUGUGAUAGAGAUUGACCAUUUUGCGUCCCUUGAUGUUCAAAUAGGCACAGCAUCACAUUACCGAGCAUAUUCUUAGGAAAGUAAAAUUAUUUUUUAGGGAAAAAAGUUAGAAAUGAUCAAGAAGAUGUUGCAUCUUUUGUAACACCUCAAGGGAGGCUAUAUCAAUCAUGUGCUGUGUAAGUUGGGAGAGCAUAGAAACAUGGCAUGAAAUGCACACCUGAUUUUUCCUGCAUAAAAUAAGCAAAGUUUGAGCGUAAAGCACCAGCCAAGGAAGAAAAAGCAACUCCUGACACUGAUUUGGAGCCUUGUUCUGUGACAUCAUUUCUCCCACAGGACUGUGCUGAGAUUCUGAGAGAAGCUGUGGCCAAUCCCUACACCUGCAGCGCAGAGACUGGCCCCGUCUGUGGCACAGAUGGCUGGCUAUACCGCAACAAAUGCGACUUGUGCACAGAAGCAUUGUGA